AUGGCUUUGGAGUUAAAUCUGAACGUGCAAAGUGAUGGAUAUGUCAGAGUUCAGGAUUUGCUAAAGCUUAAUAUGAGAACAUUUGCCCAAAUUCCAUUGAGAUCACACACAGUUGAUGACAUCAGGGAGAAGUAUCUGGAAUCUAUUUUGGAGUCUCGUUUGAAGCGUGUGAAAAGAUUGAAUGUUCACUUCUUGAGUGGCUUGCCUACUGAUGGUGAAGUAAUCAGUGGUAUGAGACGAGAUGUUAAUGUUUUAAUCUUUCUUGAUAUCAGAAAAGCUUUAGGAGGUGGAAUGAAACUUGAUAUGUCCAACAACAGGGUGAUCUUGACUGAAGGUUUUGAUGGUGUGGUGCCAGUCAAGUACUUUGAAAAGUUGGAAUCAUGGCCAGAUAGACGACCUAUACCUUUGUAAACUGGUAUUCAUUUUAUGACCCUUAAUAUACUGGUCUUUUUGAUUCCUAUACUCAGUGUAGAAGAAUUCAGGAUCAGUUUCAAAUUAGUCCACCACCAGUAUUAGGAAUUUAAAUUUUGAAGUUGAUAAAUUGUUUCUUUUAGGGAGAAAUGAAAAACCUGUGCAUGAUGGUAAAAUGGGAUGAUAGUUUAUAACUUCUUGUGAUUUAGAUCAACAAUCUGUACACAGAAGCGAUAACAAAAUGAAUGGAUUAAUGCAAUCAAGUAAUCUCUAGUUAUGUGAUA